AUGGGCCAUUUCUUUGUCUCUCCAGAUAAUGAACUCGUCUCCAGUUUGCCCCUUCAGAUGUCCCUCUUUUUCAACCUUUGUUUUUUUCCAUUUUGGUGGGUGAGUAGUGUCAUCAUGCUACAGCUGAAGUAUCCAGUCUUACCGGAUUACUACAAAUUCAUCCUGGUGACAAUCAUGAUAAUAAUUUCUCUGAUAGAGAUUAUCCGUCUGUACCUGGGAUACAUGGGCAAUUUACAGGAGAAGGUUCCUGAACUGGCCGGCUUUUGGCUCCUGAGUCUCUUUUUGCAACUUCCCUUAAUCCUCUUCCUGCUUUUCAACGAAGGGCUGAAGAUCCAGCCGCUGGAGCGAGCCGUCCACAUCGUCUUCCUGGUCUUCCUCCUUUUCCAGGUGGCCGCCGCCUUCCUCACUCUCAAAAAAAUGGUGAACCAGCUGGCGACCCGUUUCCACCUGCGCGAAUUCGACCGCCUCGAGAACCCUUUCCCCUCUGGUCGUCAGAGUGGGCCGAAAACGAGAGCAGAAACUCCGUGGGGGGUGGGAUCCCCUGUGGAAGGAAUUCGUCCAACCGGCGGAGGGUGGGGAUCUCCACUUAGGGCGUGA